GUCCCACCCACAUGGUGGUGUCGCUUCCGGGUGGUGGCCGCAGACUCCGUCAUUCUCUGUAAACAAAAGUUAAACGACGGUCCAUCUCCCGCGACACUUUCAGCAAAAAGACAUGCAUAUCAAAACAGGUACAUGGGAAUCCAGCAACACUGUGUGUGAGCCAGAUAGCCUCUGUGAUCCAGCUGUUCUCGUGUCCGCCGCCAACUCGGAGCCCCACAUCCGCAACCGUCGCCUGUCUCCCGGCUCCGGCAACUGCGGCGGCGGGGGCGGCGGAGGAGGCUGCAUCUCCGGAAGUGAGCAGCCGCCCCGACAGCUUUCGCCCGAGGGCGACCUGAUCGGGCCGGGCCACACGCACGCCUUCAGCUUCCGCAGGGAAAAGGAGCGCAAAGGCCAGCAGCACAAGGGCCGCAGCCUCCGCAGGGAGGGCCAGAGGGGGGCGGGCCGCACCGGCGAGCGCUCGCAGAAGGUCAGCUCCAAGGAGAGGUGGGUGGAGGACAGUCUCUCGCUGCUCAGGCCCCCGCCUGCCUUCCCGGUGCAGGACAGCCCCGCCAAACUGCAGCCUGCCGUGAGCUACGCCUCCAAGGUGAAGGCGGGGGCGGCGGGCGGCGCGCUGGAGGAGGACCGCCCGGCCAUCGGCAUGCUGCUACAGAACCAGUGGGGCUUGAGCUUCAUCAGUGAGGCGCGGCCGGCCUCGGAGGGCCCCGCCCCCUGCCCCGCCGCCAACGCCCUCCCGCCUACAGACGCUACACACCCGGCAGACCUCCAGCUGGAUACGCCUCUCACGGUCCAGACCCCCGAAGAAACACCCGCUCCAGCUACCUCCACCCCCCCAAUCACCCGCGCAGAGGUCGAGGAGAGCAACGGGAAGCUGCUACUUAGUUGUCGCCAUCUAGUGGAGGCGUUGAAUUAUCACAGCAGAGAGUUCAAUGCUAUAUGUAACAGACAGAGAAAAGAUUCAAAACGAGUUGUCUGGUACAAGGAACCCCAGGAGAACCCAGCCUAGCAGCAUGAGAAACCCAAAGCAGAAACACACACACAUGUCUACAUGCACAUGCAAACACACGAGGAUGGACACGUUUUGGAGUCCUUUACACACACAAACACACACACAAACACUGCACUCAGGAUGAUGUCUUCACGCAAAGCCACACUGAGACACUUUGGACUAACUCCUUUGAGAUCUUACAGCAAUGGACUUUUUUAACGCCUUAUGAAAGCCUGCCUUAAUUAAUCAGACCUGUCUUCUUCAUCGUCUCCAUUUUCAUUUUUAGCUUGUAUGUAUAGAGCUGAUUUUCUUUUUUUAAAAUCUCCAUGGAGCUGUAAUUUGUGUGUUUUCCCUUUUUGAAAAAUAAGCUGCGGUUUUUAUCAAACUGUGUCCUCUGUAAAGCGAGUGGUCAAUCAAGCACUUUGUUCAAUAGAAUUCUGUUCUGACCAAUCUGCGAGUGCAAGAAGAAGUCCACACCAGAGUGAUUAACCCCCCCCCCCCCCCCCCCUUUUUUUUUUUGUUUUUGUUUUGCUCGUCAACCAGAAGCGUCGUCUUGUACCUGCUUGAGUUUUCUGGUUCAUGUAUGCAGAGGACUUCUGUAGCCGUGUCUUCAGUUUACAGAAGGGUGUAGUCAAAGGCACAGUAGAGUUCACCCUUUAUCCUGUCAGAUCUUAAUGCUGUGUUCCUUUUUAUUUGCUCCCUGCUCGGGUGAAUGUUACUCAUGAAUCCAUAAGGGAUGUCACGUUGUUCAGUAUGUUGAUUUUUAAGAGAAAAAAAAAAGAAUUUAUUGAAUAAAAUGAAAUUACACUGGAGGAGGAGGAAGAAUGUAAGAGCAGUAUUGGUUAAUAAAAAUAAACUUGAGAU